AUGGCCCUUGCGCCGUGGAGCGUCCUUGCGGGAGGCAAGAUUAGGACCGGCGCGGAAGAAGAAAGGCGCCGUCAGACCGGUGAAAGCGGCCGCAUUACUUUCGACCCUCAUUGGGAACGGAACGAGCAGGAGAAGAAAAUUUGUACAGCUCUUGAGAAGGUCGCGGCAGAGGUUGGCGCCAAGCACAUCACCUCUGUGGCCAUUGCUUAUCUUAUGCAGAAAACGACCUACGUCUUUCCGAUCAUCGGGGGACGGAAAGUCGAGCACCUCCUCGCCAAUAUCGAGGCGCUUUCGAUUUCUCUCACUGACGACCAGGUUAAGUACCUUGAGAGCAUUGUCGAGUCCGACUUGGGGUUCCCCCACUCUAUGAUAGGCGAUGGAUCCGACGUCAAUUUCUUCUUCAAGUUGGCUUCGCACAUCGAGAAGAAACCCGUGGCAGCACCUCUUCGACCCUCUGCAACACAGUGA